AUAAUAGCCAAUAGCAUGACGGGACUAGAGUUUAAAGGUAGUGUGCUUUUGGAGGACAGUUGAUGUCCUGUGCAGGUCAUGAUGGAUCGAGCAGCCCUCUGGCUGAUUCUACUGGCCGUCUUUCUCAUCUCAGCUACUUCUGAUCCUGUUAAGAAGAAACAAGAUGUGGAUAUAUACAGCUUCUACAUUAACUCCACGGUCACCAGUCGCUAUGCCACAACAGUCAUCACAAGCCGUGUUGCAAACACACUGAAUGAAUCUCAAGAGAUCCAGUUUGAGGUCAAGAUUCCCAAGAACGCCUUCAUCAGCAAAUUCAGAAUGACCAUAGAGGGAAAAACAUAUGAUGGAGUUGUGAAGGGAAAAGAAGAAGCUCAGCAGCAAUACAAUCAAGCAGUAUCUCGGGGACAAAGUGCUGGACUGGUCAAAUCUGUUGGAAGGACUUUAGAGGACUUUAAAACUUCAGUGACGGUGGCUGCUUUUAGUAAAGUGACCUUUGAGUUGACCUACGAGGAACUGUUAAAGCGCCGCCUCGGUAAAUAUGAGCUACUCAUCAACGCACAACCGAUGCAGCCGGUGGCUGACUUCAAGAUGGAUGUGCACAUCCAAGAGAAACCAGGAAUUUCCUUCUUGGAGGUGAAAGGAGAUUUGAGCACCGGUGAUCUGACCAAUGCCAUCAAAACCACCAGAGCAGACAAAGACGCAUGGGUGACCUUCUACCCCACACAAGAUCAACAGACCAAGUGUAAAAGCUGUGGAGAAAAUGGGUUGAACGGAGACCUGCUUAUAACAUACGAUGUUGAGAGACGAAGUCCCAAAGGAGAAGUCGUGGUAUCAAAUGGCUAUUUCGUCCACUACUUUGCUCCCUCUGAUGUUUCACGUAUUUCCAAAAAUGUGGUGUUUGUCAUUGACCGCAGUGGCUCUAUGUCUGGCAGAAAAAUGGAUCAGACUCGUUUGGCACUGCUGAGGAUUUUGACAGAUCUUGAUGAGGACGAUCACUUUGGAUUGAUCACAUUUGACAGUGAGGUUAGCUUAUGGAAGCGUGAACUCCUCAAAGCUACUGAGACAAACCUGGAGAAUGCAAAAUCUUUUGUGAAGAAAAUCAGAGAUAGAGGAGCCACAGACAUAAACGCUGCAGUUCUAGCAGGAGUGGACAUGAUCAGUCGACAUCCACGAGAGGGAACAGCCUCCAUCCUGAUCCUGCUGACUGAUGGAGACCCCAAUACAGGUGAAACCAACAUAGAGAAGAUAAUGGCCAAUGUUAAAGAAGCCAUUGGGACAAAGUUUCCGCUCUAUUGUCUUGGUUUUGGAUAUGAUGUCAAUUUUGACUUCCUGACAAAGAUGUCACUGGAAAAUGGUGGAGUUGCUCGCAGGAUUUAUGAAGAUUCGGACGCUGAUCUACAGCUGCAGGGCUUCUAUGAUGAAGUUGCCGUCCCUCUCCUCACUGAUAUUCAACUUAAAUACCCAGGAGGGACAAAACUUACCAAGACCAGCUUUAGCUUGUACUUCAAUGGCUCUGAGAUUGUGGUGUCAGGACAAAUCACAGACAACAGUGUGGAGAGUUUCACCACUGAAGUCAUCGCAGUAUCAAAAGACAGUAAUGUGACGUAUCAGGACACUAUAAUGACAAAAGACCCCAGUGAUGUCCCUCCUGAGGAUGAAGAUUUCAUGCAGAGAUUGUGGGCCUACCUUACAGUGAAGCAGCUUCUGGAGAGACAGGUACUUCUUAAAGGACAAGAGAAAGAGGAUGAAAAAAAAGAAGCUCUUAAACUCUCCCUGAAAUACCAGUUUGUCACUCCCCUCACCUCGAUGGUUGUUACCAAGCCACAGGAAGGUGAAGUGGAAGUUGCCGACAAACCCAAAGAAGGAGAAGCGCCGGCCAGACCUCCAGCAAAGAUGCCGCGUCCUCUACCUCAUGGACAAGGAUUCUGGCUGCAACAGGGUCAGGGAGGUCUUCCCGGUCCACCAGGAGAUCCAGGAGUAUCAGGAGUGUUGCGAUAUAAUAGCUUUCCUUCAAUGCACCAUGCUUCAUCUGCAGUAGUAGCUCAUGUAGAUCCCCCACCUGACGACAUAUUGCUCACUGACUUAGUUCCACCUGUUCAUGACUAUGUAUUCCUGCUGGAUGUUGUUGGUCAGUCUAAGCCACUUUGUUUUGAGGUUCCUGUUCCUCACAAACUCAAACUCCUCCAGGAUUCAGCUUCAGAGUUCUCUAUGAACGGAGAAUCCAUGACUGGACAAAGUGGGUUCCGAAUCAUUGCCUUUCAUUACAAAACAAAGCAUCAUCUGACAAUAAACACAACGUCUAUCACAUACCACGACGGCCAGAAACAUGUUGAGUUUUUGUGGGACCAGGGACCGACCCAACACACUUCAGAAAAUGUGUCUCUGAUUCUACGGAGCAAUGAAAUAGUCGUCACCAUGGGAAAUAUCCGUGUCAUUAUUCUGCUUCACAAGGAAAAAGGGACUAUGUUUCUGUGGCCUGCUGUUCAGCAACAGCCAAAAGAUGUCACGUUUACAGGCAUUUUAGGAGAGUCUGGUAUUUCAUAUGAGGAGAUCCCAGGAUCACAAACCCCAACUUUGAAGUUGAAGGACCAAGGAGUGAAGACAUCUUGGGUGUUGGUGAAGGACUACAGACUUGCUUCUGCUCCUGUGAUUGAAUGUUGGCUCGUACCAUUCCAGGCUGUUGUGCAGCGAGAGCUCUCUGACUUCACUGUCACUCAGCUGUGACCUUACUGGGGUUAAGCUAAAAAAUAAAAAAUAAAUGGUCCAUUAUCGUGCUGACCUUUUUAAUAAUAUAAUGUAUUAUUGAAAUAUUAAUUGUUUAUGCGCUAUAAACCUGUCAUCUAUUGGAAAAUAGUUAUUUCCAGUCUAUGUACCACAUCUUUUACAAGCUUUGAUAGUCAUGUACAAUAAUUUCACAUCAAAUAGUCAACCCAAAUAUUAAUUUAAAGUGAUUUCCAUCUUUAUAUAAUGUUCUGUUUUAAAGUGCAAGAUUAACUCACCACUUGUUGCACUAUAAAAUAGCAAUUAAAAUUUCAUGUUCAUAUUAUUCCUGGAAAAUAUGUAUUUUUGUGGCCCUGUCUUGAUAAUAUAAAUAAAAGCACAACACCAAG